AUGGGAUCUGCGUCUGACGAGAAGAUUGCAGUGGACACAAUUUUUGUAAAUCGGCUGGAUUCAUCAGAGUUUUCUUCAAAGCUCGUGCCAAUACAUGUUGAAGGGGGAAAUGAGCAUAUUUCUGGAUCGAGCAAGGUUGAAUUUGCUGGUUCAGUAUCAGCCAGCGAUAGUGCAACUAUCCUCAGGGCGGGAAGCAAGUUCACAAAAUGGCUUUCACAGAGCUUAUUGCUAAAGCAGAUUGAGGCAGCGGACAAACGAGUGGGAUUUUCUAACAGACAGUCGCAGGACUCAUUAGAUUUUAUGAUUCCAGAAGAGAUUGGUACUGAUGCAGCAACAGAACAAGUUGAUGAUUCAGCUAAUGUUAUGUCUGCUAUUGUAAAGGAUAGCAUAAAUUCCGUGUUUUUUGCAAAUGAUGGCUCGAAUAACCCUGUAAUUUCCCAUAUAUUUGAUCAUUCUGAAGAUAGACCUGUGUCUACAGAGCUCUUGUCACAGAUGGAGUCAUUUAAAGAGGACUUUUUGGAGCUAGCUAACAAAUAUUACGACGCAUUUUUACUGAAAAAGGCACUUUUGACUGUAUUAUUCAAUCACUAUGGAGGUAAUAUGGUCGAUGGAUAUAUGACACUAAAAGAGUAUCUACACAUGAUAACUUACCACGAUAUUUUCUCAAAUGUUACCAUGGCGAAAUUUGUAUUCGAUGCCAUGGAUAGAAAACGCAGCUCAAUGAUUGUAUUGAAUGAUUUUAUUGCAGGUAUGCUCGCAUGCUCUCCGGAUGCCUCUGAUGAAUUGGCCCUUGCGUAUGGAAAGCUAAGAUUACAACAUAUUUUUAGAGCUUACGACUUGGAACGAAGAGGUUUGUUAGAUAAGGAAACUCUUAAUGUCAUGGUAAAUCACCUGGAGCAUUUGUCCAGUGGAGGCAGAGUUGGUACCGGAUUUUCAAGUGAAAAUGAACUUGGGAUACAAAAACCCAUAGACAUGCAUGAAAAUGUUUCUAGUGAUUUGAAUGAAACUGGAAUGGAUUACGAUUCAUUUUACUCCCAAGUAGCAUCAGGCACAAUCAAGAAUACCAAGUUACUGCUUAGAUCAAAACAGGAUUUGGCAAAAUCACUUGUUGGUUUCUUUCAACAAGUACUUGACAAACCGGUUUGUACACCCGUUAAAGGGCUUGCUGAAACAAGACUUAAGCCCGUUGAAACCGUAACUAGACCGAGCUCUGAGCCAAGCGCAUCCAUGUCCAAACUAUCGCUUUGGAAUUCAUUUGGUACUCCUACAAGAUCUAAUUCCACCAUGGAAAAGCGUGUCUUAGAUUUGGAAAAUGAUGAUACUCUAUUUACCACACGUACCAGCGAAUCAAAUAAAAUUAACAACGCAUCUUCUAAUUUGUACAAUUUUCCCGGAUUAAAUAUGAACAAGGCAUGGUCUAGAACACCCACUGUGAAUAUACGUGAAAAUACUGUAAGGAGCUUAGGAAUGAACUGCUUUUCAGAAAGUGAAGAUGAUAUACAAAAGGAUGUUUUAAAUAUAAACGAUUCCUGUAUAUACAAUGAACAAUCUGUGAGCAAUUACGAUACUCAUGCAGAUGUGGAGAUCCCCAGUGUUGUUGAGGAAGAAAUAAGUCUUGAGAGCACCAGGGAAGUAACGGAUCCUGAGCCCUCGCAGCAUUUACACACUCUGGAGAAGAAUGAUUUUCUGGAUGAAAAGAUAAAUGAGUUGGUGAAGAAUUAUAGACACAAGUAUCUUGGUUUUAGUGCCAAUGAAGUUGAUGAUACUAUUGCAUUAAAAGUGUUUAAGAAAUUUUACAAAAAAAUGUUCGAGUCAGGUGAAUCAUUUAGUGUUGAUAUACACUUUGAUUGGUGUACAUAUACCGACCUUUUAAAGCUCUGUGAUUCAACUUGCAAUUUGUUAAAGAAGGAGGACUCGUUAUUGAAACUUAAUGGAUCUGUGCAAAUUUAUGGAUCCAUAAAUGCAGACAUUAUAUCAUUGGGUAAAAUGUUUAAUACAUAUGGGUGGCCAUUACAUCAAUGUAAUAAUGACCAAUCCAGUCCCAUGGGGGAGCCUGUAAUUUCUAUAUUUGUUGGAAAUUUUACUUCAGAUACGAGAGUAUUCUCUCUAGAGUUCUUAACCUUUUUAUUUUCUCUAAAGAUUCUGUUUCCACGGCAUGUAUACUUUUUGCGUAGUGGGAAGGAUAACAGAUUGUACAAUAAUAAAAAUGGAUUUUAUAACGAAAUUUAUAACACACUUAGUGGGAAUGUUCAUUCACUCAACUUUCCAAGUGAGGAAUCAUUGAUCUUGCAAAAUGCACGAGAGUUGUUUCACAGGAUAAACGACGUUUUCGAAUUCAUUUCUAUUGCUGCUAUUAUAUCUGACAAAGUGUUAUGCUUAUAUGGUACAAUUUCUAGUGAGUUAAAUAGAGUGGAUGAACUCUUUGUGCCAAAACCCAUUGUAAUAUUCAGUAGAGAAGUUUCAGGAAAAAUUUAUUAUUAUCACAACAACGUACACGUUAAUGAGGCUCUAUUUGGCAGCAUACAAGAUGAUGAACUUGUUACUAGUCUAAAAAAAGCCGGAAUAAAGAUGCUCAUAUCGUGUGACGAAAAUCUUCGCAGUGGUUAUGAAUAUAGCCACAACUCCACUGUCUUGAGGAUCUCCACAAAAUUUAAAGACGAUACCGUUUCUACUUUGGUGCUUGUGCGAUCAGAUAAGGGAGAAAUUCUUAUAAACCACAAGUCUAUAAGGGUUAAUUGCCUACAAGAAUAA